AUGUCGGAGUAUGAGGGUGUUCAGAAAAGUGCCCUAAAACUUAAGGGCAUGGGAAGCAUUUCUUCUGGAAAAAAAAAAAAGAAGAAGGACAAGGAGAGCAAGCAUCGCAUGGAGCAGGUGGCGACCAGUCAGAACGACGACGAAGUGAAAGCCAAGCGGGCGUACAUUGACAAAAGGACGCCGGCACAAAUAGCCUUUGACAAGAUGCAAGAAAAAAGGCAAAUGGAAAGAAUUCUUAAUAAGGCCUCCAAGACGCACAAACAUCGAGUGGAGGACUUCAAUAGGCACUUGGACAACCUCACUGAACAUUAUGAUAUUCCAAAAGUCAGCUGGACCAAAUAA